AACCCAACACCCUCUGUCAAAAAAACAAAAUAAAGCCUGAAACUUUCUUCUCCAUCCCCAUUUCUAUCUGCGCAUGUCUCUCUCUCUCUCUCAUCUCCAUAAAAACCAAACAAAGUUCCCAAAAAAAAUCCCACUCUCUCGUACCCUAAAGUUUCAACCUUUACCUCUCUAUAACAAACCCAAACAAAAAAGCUUCCAUUUUUUUCUCCGGUUAUGCCGACGUCUGACUCCAGUGACUCACGGCGGAUAGUUAUGAAGCCUCACGGUGUAACAGCUCCGAACACUGAGCAGCUUCCUUGUCCUCGUUGCGACUCAAACAACACCAAGUUCUGUUACUACAACAACUACAACUUCUCUCAGCCUCGUCACUUCUGCAAAGGCUGUCGUCGUUACUGGACUCACGGUGGUACUCUCCGUGACAUUCCCAUCGGCGGUGGUACUCGCAAAGGCGCUAAACGCUCCCGCACUUGCUCCUCCUCCAACUCAGCCUCCUCUGUUUCUGCCGUUAACUCUGUCGUCUCUUCCGCUAACGGCGUUCGUUGCGUUACGCCUGUUCUCUUCCCUCCUCACUCGUCUAUCUCUAACGGCUGUACUCACAGCGUUGACAGUGACGCAAAGGGGAGUGCUUUGUCUCUCUGCGGUAGUUUCACCUCUCUGUUGAACCCUAACGCUGCUGCGACGGCCACACAUGGAUCCGGUUCGGUUAUUGGACUCGGUGGAUUCGGAAUCGGACUCGGUUCGGGUUUUGAUGACGUCAGCUUUGGGCUUGGAAGAGCGAUGUGGCCGUUUUCAACUGUGAAUGAUGCUGGGACGACGAAUGUAGGGAGUAACGGUGGUCAUCACGCCGUUCCGAUGCCAGCCACGUGGCAGUUCGAGGGUGUAGAGAGCAACGUCGGCGGGGGGUUUGUCUCUGGUGAGUACUUUGCGUGGCCGGAUCUCUCCAUCACGACACCAGGGAACUCACUCAAAUGAGAUGACUUUACCAUCAAAGCUUUGGUCUUUGCUAGAGGGUUUUCUUUGCCUUUUUUUUUAGUCUCUCUAUUGGGGUUUCUGUUCUUUAAUCUCUUAGUGUGUCUUGUCAUUUUAGUACUUGUGUUCGGAAACUAGAAAACAGAGAAAGUUUGUGUUUUUUUUGGAUCUGUGAUCUUACGUUGUUACGUUCUCCUCUGUUUCACAAGUGAUUUCGAAUUGAAAUGACAAUACUUCCUUAUAACAACUUUGAAUCUGAACAAACAAGUGUUAUAAGGAAUGAAUCUUGUUCAUUGGA